AUGCCUAACGUAUCCUUUGAUAUCUUCUUUGACAAGGACUUUAUCAACAUCACCGCCACUCGAGGACAGACUGCCCCCAAGGCCAAACCCGAGUGGAAGGUCCGUACCGCGCCCAAACUCCCGCCGAAACCCGUGGUCGAGGAUCACACUGGAACUCCCAGACCGCCACCGAGGCAGAAGUUGACCACCCUUCGUCAACCAGUGCAUCCCCACCACUCGCAAGAAGCCCCGCCUAGCACCCAGAAGCCUGAGACCGCUGAAAGCGUCAACGGUGUCACCUCUGCCGGCGAAGAGAAGCCCAAGCGAAAGCCUCCGAAGCUUGGUCCCAGAAAGUCAGCCACCCCCACAACCCCUUCAGCCACCCCGGCUGCGUAA